GUGUCCAAGAUGAAUCCCACAAGCCAGUUCCUUGGCACAACAGAAUAUGACUAUGGAUAUGAUGAAGACACUGCUCCGUGCAAUGAAGGAAACAGCUUUCACAGGUUCAAAUCCCUCUUUCUGCCGAUCCUUUACUGCCUUGUGUUUGUCAUCUGCCUUCUGGGAAACUCCUUGGUCCUUUGGGUUCUCCUGACCAGGAAAAGGCUGACGACAAUGACUGACAUCUGCCUGCUUAACCUCGCGGCCUCUGAUCUCCUCUUCAUUGUGCCUCUCCCUUUCCAAGCCCACUACGCUUCAGACCAGUGGGUUUUUGGCAACACUAUGUGUAAGAUAAUGGCUGGCAUUUAUUACAUAGGUUUUUAUAGCAGUAUUUUCUUUAUAACCUUCAUGAGCAUAGACAGGUACAUAGCAAUUGUCCAUGCUGCCUAUGCCGUGAGGGUACGGACAGCCUCUUUUGGCAUAAUUAUCAGUUUAAUCCUGUGGCUGGUGGCUGGCUUGGCUUCUGUACCCAAUAUCAUGUUCAACCAGCAGCUGGAAAUUGAGCAGUCUCUGCAGUGUGUCUCCACAUACCCCCCAGGAGACAAUACUUGGAAGAUUGCUUCUCAGUUUUCAGCCAAUAUCUUAGGCCUCUUGAUUCCUCUUAGCAUCCUCAUUUGCUGCUACACCCAGAUACUGAAAAACCUGCAAAAAUGCAAAAAUCGGAACAAGACCAAGGCGAUCAAGAUGAUUUUCAUCAUCAUCAUUGUUUUCUUCCUCUUCUGGACUCCCUUCAACAUCGUGCUGUUCCUAGACUCUCUGCAGAGUCUGCACAUCAUCAAUGAUUGCAAGACGAGCUACCAGAUAGCCCUGGCCCUGCAGCUGACGGAAGCCAUCUCCUUCAUCCACUGCUGCCUGAACCCUGUGAUCUAUGCCUUUGCUGGG